UAACAGUACUGAGAUUCCCAUAGAUAGAUUGUGUAAAAUGAAAUAUGUUUUUUUUUUAAGUUCAUUUAUUCACAACACUUACAAUCUAAACCUUUUUGACAGAGUUUUCAACCGUGACGAAGGAAAAUGAGAUGUCUCAAGGAAACGGAGUAACAGAACGCUGUUGAAAAAUCAACUAUUCUUAUGACCAGAAGAUUCCUGAUAACAGGUUUAGACACAGUCUUCUACCACUAAAAAAGUACAAUGUUAUGUUUUGUAGAGUACCAAAAGGGGCAUCAACAUUUUGGACACGAUUAUUGGUGUGUUUAGAAAGAGAUAUAUGGAAACCACUCUUUGUGUUUAAACCAAAGGAUGACAGUGUAACAGUAAAACAUAACUUUAAUAAUUUGUCUGUGCAAAAGACAUAUGAAUUAGUGAAGAAUACAAAAAACCUGAUGUUAAGUAGAAAUCCCUUUUCAAGAGUAUUUUCGUUCUACGUAGAUAAACUCUUUUCUCCUAAUCCAUUUUUUUGGAAUGAUCUUGGUAUUGGAAUAACUAAACGAAGCCGAGGAAUUGCAACAUGUGGACAUGACGUGGCAUUUAAAGAGUUUGUAGAUUAUAUUAUUAAUACUCCAUCUAGCCUGAGAGAGUACCAUGUCAUGCCUACCAAUGACAUUUGCCGUCCGUGUAAAAUUCAUUACAGUUUUAUUGGCAAAAUGGAAAAUUUUGAAAACGACGUUUUUAGAAUACUUAAAGAAAUUGGUGCGGAAUCAUAUCCUUAUUUUUCAGAAAAUUUUAAGAAAGAAUAUACAUCGGACGCUAUUCAUGAUAUUGUACAAGCUUAUUUUGCAUAUCGAAUGGAAUCAGAUAAAUGUAUAGACCGCCAUACUGGAAUAAAACGUGUUUGGCUGAAGUUACAAAUAAGAGGAUUCGUUUCACAAACAAUCCCAGUACCUUUCACACCAAAAGAAUCACAGACUCUCACGUUUUCACAAUUACUAGAUACUAUUUUGAAAGCACGUGAUGUCUCUUUUAAUGAAGAUUUGAGGGAUCAAAAGGCAACAUUUUUCAAAGAUGCAUAUUCAAGCGUUCCUUUAGAUACAAUGACAAAGCUUCAAAAAGUGUAUAAAGAGGAUUUUUUAAUAUUUAACUAUGAAUCGUUCCCUAAAAGUUUGUUCACAGCAAAAAGAAACACUACAAAAGAUAUAUUUAUUGUUUAAAACAUAUUUUUUAUUAGAGAAGACUUUAAUAGAUGAUAUUGUUCGUGUAAAGAAACCAUAUUUCAUACG